AACACACGUAUUCAAUACCCUUACCAUCUCCUCCAUUAAUGUCAACUUUCUCAACAACGACAACCUUUUGCUAUAAAUAUAUCUUCUUCCAUUUUAUUGCAUUUCAUACACAUUUAGAAGGAAAUUAAAAGAGUUGAUAAAGUAGUAUCCAUGGAAGGUUUAAUCCCUUGUUUGAUCCAUGCCAUGAAGAAGCAAAAACCCAGCAACCGUUACCGAUCCAUGUCCGUUGGGUCUAGCCGUGGUUACCAUUUGUUGAUGGAACAGUCACCGGCGGAAUCCGUCGAGGGGUCGUCGCAUAGGCGGACGAGGUCGGAGUUUCAGCCACCAACGACGGUGGAGUUUGUUGAGCAAAGGUCUGGUCUUGGUUUGGUUAGCUCAAAGGGCGACAACUCUAGUUCUUAUUUAAACUACCCUUCUUCAAUGGCUGGAAGCUCGAAAGCUGGUUCUUAUUACCGGCAAAACUCGAAGGUGAAUAACGUUCGGAUUUCUGAUAUUCGACCACGACGAUGAUCAUCUGUUUAUGUUUUCUUUAUUUAGAAUAUGAAGAAAAAAAACUGUUUGGUGUUGAAGAUUUGUUUGUUGCUUUUGUUUUGAUCAUCGGAAAAUUGAUGAUUUUCGUAUUUAAUUGUAAAUUUAAACAGUUUUACAUUGCUGUGAUUAGUGAUUAAUGUAUGGUUUUGAUUUUUGUGUGUGUUUGGUGAUUAA